AUGCUUUCGCAACGUCUAAAAAGACUCCAGCGCAGUAUUUUUUGGUUUCGAGUGCUGUUGAGAUGGUGUCCACUACACGGUGAAGUUGAUGGGUUGUGGAAACCAAACUGGAAGUUUGGAAUACUGUUGUUCAAUUACGCAAUGGUAGUGAUGCGCUUGAGGAUGACUUUUUCUAAUAUUUUUCCAAGAACCGGUAGAAGGCUAAUAGGCCGGAACGAGAAGGGUUGUUCUGGGGGCUUACCAGGUGUGAGUACAGUGACAAUGAAUGAUGAUUUCCAAGUAGUUGGGAAAGUUGAGUUCCCGAAAACUUGGACAAAAGCGAAGUACCGAUUUUAUAAAAGCGAAGUUCCAAAAAAGUUCUUGUUCAACAACCCAAUUGUCAUAGUGGGACGUGCUUUUGAUCCAGUCGAUUAUGGCUUGUGUUCUCUUGAUGAUCUAUUAACGCAAGUAUCAGAAAAUACCGUCGUCAUCGGUCAUCUGGAUGGUCAAAAAUCAGUGGCAAUCCCUAAACGAGAACAGACUCCAGAAGAAAUUGAACGCACCAAAGCCUUUGCUAAAGAAGUAAUAGAGUUGUUAAGUCAUGCCCCGCAGUGUUGUCUGUUAUUUAAUAAGUUCAUACCUUCUUACCAUCACCAUUUUGGUCAUCAGUGUAAAGUAGCUGAUUUUGGAUUCACAAAAUUGAUCGAACUGUUCGAAUCAAUACCGCACAUUGUAAAGAUCGAAGACGAUUUGGAAGGAGAGCGCCGCGUGUCAUUGACGACUGAUGUGAAACAAAAUGUGCUUGGUGAUCAGUUGGCCGCAUUGGCUGUUUAUCCACUGCAAAUUAGUCAAUUACAAAACGCCUUCUUGUGGCAGUAUGGCUAUGCUCUUAAACCUUCCGUAUAUGAAUGUGAGACACUCAUCGAACUGUUACAAAAGCUUGAUGAUGCUGUCAAGGUGGUGGACAAUCACGGUGAGCUGUUUUUGAUAGCUGUGGACCGUAAAGAAGCCCAAAGGUUGUCUCUAAAAGUUCGCCGUGUACUGAUGGAACACUCGUCCAAUGACAAGAUGUCUGUUUUGCAGUUUCAGUCUGUGUACCAAACAAUGUUUGGCGAAUCUAUAAACAUUGAAACUAUGCAGGAGAAACUUGGUGAAACUAUAAAGAUCGUCAAGACUAAAUUUGGAGAAGAAUAUGUACAAUUGACUCCUUUGCAAUUGUUCGCCCAAGAUAUGUAUCGUUUGUUAAUGAUCUCAGAUGGUCGAUUGUUGUUGACAUCCCUUGAAGCUGCUUACUUGCGUCUGUUUGGCACCGCCAUUCAGCCAGCUGUUUACGGAUAUCAGUCCGUAAUGGCACUGAUAACCAGUAUUCCGCACACAGUCCUCAUUGAAAACAAGCCGCCCAAACGUUACAUCAUACUCAACAGAGAACUUGCCAGUGUAGGUAUUCAUUUGCCUAACAGUAUAAUUAAAUCGCCCAUGCCAGAUCAAAUGACAAAGAAUAAUUAUAGUAAGCCUGAUAUGAGCUUAAUGAACCACAAUGAGAAUUUAAGAGAAAACAAUGUUUUGCUACCAGACGAGAAUAAGACACCUGUGGUGGUCAAACUUCCUGAUCUGAAGUUACAUCCAAACAUAUUCAAUAUGAGUCCUAUGUCAUUGAUUAACUGUACUUCACCACAAGCUCCUCAUCCAUCACAAGUGCCAAUGCCUACUGAAUUGUGUCCGCCAUUCGGUGACAAGUACAAACCCAUUACUACAAUCAACAAUAACAAUCAUUACAAUGACAAUCAGUUUUGCUGCCCAAUGAUGGGCAACAAUGAUUUACCAAAUACUAACGAUCAAGGAGAUCAAAAUCAGCGUUUAGUUCAUCAAAUGAAUGAUCGUUUUCUUUAGAAAAUUUAAAUCAUCCAAGACGGGUUUCAAUAGUUUUUUAAAACGAAAGACGUCAAUAUAUAUAUAUAGAAAAAGAAAAGUAAAAUGAAAUGUUUCUAGGUUUAUAUUUUUUUUUUAUAUCAGGACUGACUCUCACUCCUAAAUAACUAAAAAGUAUUUUUAUUCGUUUGAUUUUUAAACAAAACAUUUUUCCUGGAGAAAAACCUUUAUAUUUAUAUUUACAAAGUCUAUUAGCUUAAGGGAUAAAGUGAUGUAUUAAUGGAUCUCACUUUUGAUUUUUUAUGUGUUCACUAGAUGUUUUAAUUUAUAUUACAUUUAUCGCAUAGUUAAUAUGUAAAAAUAAUAAAUAUGAAUGUAUUUAUAUUUAUAUAUAUUAUACAUGCACGUAACUGAAUAAAAAUAUAAUUAAUAGUAAUAAUAAUGUGUGGUACUAGUAUAUUACAAUGUCACACGGGAGUAUUAAAAUGUUUUCAAUAUGUCAAGUUUUUUAUUACUAAUUUUGCUUAAGUUAUUAUUAGGAUUAAGUAAAUGUGCAUAGUUUAUUUUGAGUACAAUUUUAGAAUAAUCAAUUUUGUUGAAAUAUUUCACCGAAAGGUUAGUGUUAAAUUUUGUUUGGCAUUAUGCUUAAACAUAUAAUAUAUAUAUUACGUAAAAUAUUUUAUUU